CCGCCAUCUUGUUCUUUACAAAAUAUGGCAGAGUCUAAAUUUUUCGCCGCUGGAAGCUCGGACAGCGAAUCUUCUGCCAGCGAAGAUGAACAGCCAGUUGUUGCGAAACAAACCACUAUUUCAACGAAGUCUUUUGUCUUCAGUGAUGAUGAAGAAGAGACAAAGAGAGUUGUUAGAAGCCAAAAGGAUAAACGGUUUGAAGAAUUAACAAACUCUAUCAAACAGCUAAAGAAUCACAAGAAAAUCAAAGACGUUUCUAAAGUCCUCACAGAAUUUGAGAAUCUUGGAAAAGCUUUUUCCAAAGCAAAAGCUGUAGUUGAUAAAGAAGGCAUUCCACAGUUCUAUGUUCGCUCUCUAACUGAGCUUGAAGACUUCGUCAAAGAGAACUGGGAAGAUACUGAAGGCCGCAAGAAGCUUAGCAAAGUGAAUGCUAGGGCUUUGGCUACCUUAAGGCAAAAGUUGAGGAAAUAUAACAAGGAUUUUGAAGAGGACAUUUUGAAAUACAGAGAGAACCCGGUGGCAUCUGGAGAGUCCGGUCAGGAGGAAUCAGCUUCAGAGGAAGAAGAUGAAGAUGAUGACUUCCUUGGGGCAGAGGAUUUUUCUAGAAAGAAAGUGAUACUGGAUAAAAGCAAGCCUGCCAAGGCAACUGAAGCUGGAGGUGAUGUAGAUGACGAUGAUGAUGAUGACAGUAUUGAUUGGGAUAGCAGUGACGAUAUGUCAUCUUCAAGUGACAGUGAUAUUGGUGGCGAGGGAGGUCCAACACAAUUAAAACACUGGAUGUUUAUAAAGAAAGAGAAAGGCCCAGAUGACAAAGGUAAACAGAAAAAGAAAAUUAAAGAGAAGAAGACAACUAAAUUGAAAACCAAAGAUGGUGAAGAUGACAGUGGUGGCUGGACAGAAGUAAAGGGCUCCUCUUCAUCUGCUGUGGAAAAGGUCAAGCAGCUCUUUCCAAAGGACACAGAAAUCACUCAUGCAGUUGUAUUAAAGAAACUGCAUGAGAUACUCUCUGCUAGAGGAAAAAAGGGCACAGACCGCACAGACCAGAUUGAAUUCCUUAAGCAGUUGAGAGUUAUUUCCUACAAUGCCAAGUUAGGUGGGUACACUUUUGUCACUAGUAUUUAAUUAUUGUUUAAAGUGCCACUAUAGUAAACAGAGGAGAUAAAAGUGGUGAUCUCUAGGAUAAUUUUUAGUUUAGGAUGUCUGCUAUUGUGUAAUAAUAGAAAUGAUCAUGAUAGAAUAGAAUAGAAAUGGGCAUAUUGUCAGUAAUUUAUUUUCGUUUUUAUCUGCACAUACGUAUUUUGAACAAGCUUUUAGCUCACUAGGUGAUAUGAGGGGAAAUAUAAGUCCAUUCUUUGGCAUCUGGCCUAUCAAAAGUCAAGUCUGGUAAAAAUAUGUAGCCAUUAAUACUGGACACUUGACAAGUGUCAAACAAGCGAUAUGUAUAUUGUUAGACAAUAUUCCAUAGCUGAAAAUUUUACCUUGCUUUGCUUGGAAGUUUACAGGUUGUGAUGUUGAUACAGUAAAAACCUGCAUAAUUAUAAGAACUUACAUGUAGUGUUUUAAGAACCUACAGGCUGAAAUUUGGCAUUUAAAUACCAAAAAAUAUAAGAGCCUGUUCAGCGUGGCAAAGAAAAUAUGUUCUUAUACCAAUAAUCACUCCAAUUUUGAUGGUCUAAAUUCUGGAUUUUAAUUGUGUGAGAAACUUCUGACAGAAAAGUUAUUGUGUAUAUGUUUGCUUUGAUUUACAUUU